GAAGGAAGGCCAGCAACACAGAGGCAGGCAACCUGAAGGAAGGCCAGCAACACAGAGGCAGGCAGCCUGAAGGAAGGCCAGCAACACAGAGGCAGGCAACCUGAAGGAAGGCCAGCAACACAGAAGGCAGUUUGAGCCAUGGAUGACAACGUGGAGGAGUGUCCAGUGUGCCUCACCACCUUUGACGACACCCUCAGGCGGCCACGCAACCUGCCCUGUGGCCAUACAGUGUGCUCGCCGUGCAUUGACGGACUGAAGCAGCAGGGUGCCGUCACGUGCCCCACCUGCCGGGUGAGUCACGCCGUGCCCGAGGCGGGCCAGUUCCCCAUCUCCUAUAUUACGGAGGGCUUUAUCAGGAGACUGAGAAGACUGGCCUCUCUGCCAGCCGAGCCAGGGAAGCAGGCAGCCCCACCAGUGACACGGCCUGCACCAAAGGCGACAACGGGACUCAGCAAGAGGGCACAGUCCCUGCUGCAGGAGCAAGAGGCGAAGGUCCUGGCUGCCAUCCGCUCCUGCCAGGAGGAGCAGAGCCAGCUGGCCGAGUACCUGACAACCCUCGGUGGCUGGAGCAGUCGCCAGCAGCGGCUGCAAGACGAGCUGCAGACGCUGGUGGACCAGAGCAAGAGUGCCCGGGAAGCGGUGCACCGCGAGGAGUCCCGGGUAGAGGGCAGGCAGGAGGAGGUGCGGCAGAAGGAGCAGCAGCUGCACGCCGCGCUACAGUCGCUGCGCACGGCCGCAACACGGCAGGAAGCUUACGAGGUCAUUGAGGACACAGACCUUCUGGUGGAGAAGGACAGUCAGACAGAGGGGUGUCUGGGAGUGUUUCCCGACGUCCACGCCGUCACCACCGUCACCAAGGUGGCACAGGCAUCGCGCGCAGCCCUGCAGGCUGCCACCGCUGCCGCUGCUGCCACACAGGCAGCCCUGGAGGCAGUGGGCACUGCUGCUGCAGCCUCGGGGGACUCCAGCCUCCCAGCAGCCUUGGCCGAGGCCUCCUCCAUCGCGGAUAGGCUGCAGGCCCUACUGGCGCCGCCCCUGACGGCCGAGGACCUGCACAGCCUAACACAGCAUGCCAGGGGCCUGGUGGAGGCUGGCCUUGUCUUCGCCGUCCACGACGUGGAGGGACAGACUCGGCACGCAAGGAUCAGCCUUGAAGACGGCAGCCUUUACCUCCACUCCCUGCAGGCCCAGGCCCUGCCGAACCUCACCGCCACCCUGCAGAUGGGGGAGGUGGUGCCGGCCGCCCCCCCCUGCGAGGUGUUCCUGGACCUGGCGUGGCCCGGCAGCGCGGCGCGGCGGGUGGUGGUGAGUCUACCCAAGGACACCCCCCUGGGCCGGCAGUUCAUGCUGCUGUGCUCGGGCCAGCGGGGCGCCUGCUACGCCAACACCAGGCUGUUUAACGUGACGGGUGAGGGACAGCCGGGGGAGUGUGUGGUGGGAGGAGACUACCAGACAGGUGAUGGGAGGGGAGGAGCCGCCCUGCUGCCUCACCUUGACCAGGGCUGCGUUGAUGGAAGGGGUGACUCCACCAAUGUCACUGCUCGACGCUCUGCGCUCAAAACUUGUCAGGCUUGACUUUCCUUGUUGACGCAAUACACGGAGGGAAUGUGCCGCAACACUGCAGCUAAAGCAGGGAGGAUGUAGGCACUUGCACAGCCAUACCAGUGACAAAUGUAAUGGCUGCACCGCUUGUUUGGGUGGAACAAAAGCAGGGGGAUGUGGGCACUUGCACAGCCAUACCAGUGACAUGUAAUGGCUGCACCGCUUGUUUGGGUGG